UAUUCGGCGGGAAAAUGUACAAAUGGCACCCGAAGCGGACGAUAAAUCGGGAGCGGCCGCGCGACUGUACUGCGGCAUGGGCAACCAUUUGCUCAAGACGCCCAGCGCCAUAAUAAGGGACCCAAAAAUGCUUCGCUUUGCACGCUACAUAAACACAGAACUGCGACACGAUACAAAAAUUUGCUUGGAUUGCUUCAAGACCCUACGACGGCUCUACGAGUCCAAAGUAAGUCGUGCUCUGAUGCACCAAAAGAAGAAUCAGGCCGAGAGCAUCUCGGACGUGAGCUCCAGCCAGCGACAGGACCUGACCUCCUCCUCGAACGCAAGCUCAACGACGUCCAUCCUGACCAUACGCAGGCGGCUGAGGACCACAGCGUCGGCAGCUAAACCACCAACUCCGGUACCCGUCCAUACAAGCUCUAGCGAGGACAACAUGCCCACAACAAGCGCAGCGGCUGCCGGAAAACGCAAGCGACCCAAUCCGCCGCCAGCUGCUCAGAACACCUCAAUUGUGAGCGAUGACAAUGAUCCUAAUUCUAAUCUGAGCCUGAAUGCGGUCAAUGGGACUCGGUUGCCACACAUCCAGCCGAUCCCCAAACGGCGCCAGACGGUUCAUCUGAACAAGACGGCCAUGGACAUCUACCUGGCAGGGACCACGGGCGGAUAAUAUGGCUAUCCUCACUAACAUACUCAUUCAUACCAUCCGUAAACCAAUCGAUGAAGUGCUGUACAAUUUUAAAUUAUUCUUAUUGUUAUAUGUUGUUUUUGGCUCUCACCUUACGGCCACCGAAUAGUCGGUAGAGCUGCGUGCUAUAGUUUAAAUGUUUGGAAUUGAAUAAGUAAAAAUAUUGGAUUC